UAUAUUUUAUAAUUUAUUGUUACACACCAGUGGAUGUCGUUGUUCUUUCUUUUAGCUCUGCGAGCAUCUCCGUAUGACCUCAAGCUCUGCUGGAUAACAGGGUCUCACUUCUCUGUUCAAACAGUGAGAGCGUCAGAAAGGGAAUGGGACAGACAAGAGACAGAGGUAGACAGAGGUGUGACUGAGUGGAAGACAGAGUCAGGGAAGCUAAUAGCGAGCUGGUCCUUCCAAUUUAUGUCUAGAAACACAGAAAAAGGCAAACUAGCGGUAGAAUUUCGUGCGUAAAAAGAGAGUAGGCUGCCCUCUAUAUUCUUAAGUUUUACAACACUUCUCUUCCAGACUGAACAGUUAUUCGGAGGUAGUGUCCUCUGUGGAGUUUUCUUUGUCUCCGCAAGUGACACUAAAGAGCACGGAUUACAAUGAUAAGGAUUUCAGAGGUUUGGGUCACCUCGGUGGCCAUUUCUCUGGUGGUUAAGGGGGCUCUUGGAGGUUAUGGGAUGAGUAUGUUUGCUGCCCAGUCGUCCCCUCCAGACCCAUGCUAUGAUGAGAACGGCAACCCCCGGAGGUGCAUCCCCGAUUUCGUGAACUCUGCUUUCGGGAAGGACGUGCGCGUCUCCAGCACCUGUGGAACCCCAGCCUCAAGGUACUGCGUCGUGACCGAGAAGGGUGAGGAGAGGACUAGGGAUUGCCACACCUGCGAUGCAGGGGACCCAAAGAAGACUCAUCCACCCGCGUAUUUAACUGAUCUCAACAACCCUCAUAACCUCACCUGCUGGCAGUCAGAAAACUAUGUCCAGUAUCCUCAGAACGUCACGCUCACUUUGUCUUUGGGUAAAAAAUUUGAGGUCACCUAUGUGAGCUUGCAGUUCUGUUCACCCCGACCCGAAUCAAUGGCUAUCUUCAAGUCAAUGGACUAUGGCAAAUCCUGGGUUCCUUUCCAAUUCUACUCUACCCAGUGUAAGAAGAUGUAUAACAAGCAGAAUAAGGCGGCAAUUACCAAGCAGAACGAACAAGAGGCGAUUUGCACAGACUCUCACACGGACAUGCACCCGCUGACAGGUGGGCUCAUUGCGUUCAGCACCUUGGAUGGCAGACCUUCGGCGCACGACUUCGACAACUCUCCCGUGCUGCAGGACUGGGUGACAGCCACCGACAUCAAGGUGGCGUUCAGCCGACUGCACACGUUUGGGGAUGAGAACGAGGACGACUCGGAGCUGGCUAGAGAUUCCUACUUUUACGCGGUAUCAGACCUGCAGGUUGGCGGGCGGUGCAAGUGCAACGGCCACGCUUCAAAGUGCGUAAAAGAUAGGGAAGGAAACCUGGUAUGCGAGUGCAAGCACAACACCGCGGGGCCGGAGUGUGACAGGUGCAAACCUUUCCAUUAUGACCGUCCUUGGCAGCGCGCAACCGCAAGAGAGGCAAACGAAUGUGUUGCCUGUCACUGUAACCUGCACGCCCGGCGCUGUCGUUUCAACAUGGAGCUGUAUAAGCUGUCUGGGCGGAGGAGCGGCGGAGUCUGUCUCAACUGCCGCCACAACACGGCCGGACGCCACUGCCACUACUGUAAGGAGGGCUUCUUCCGGGACAUGUCCAAGGCCAUCUCCCACAGGAGGGCCUGCAAAGCGUGUGAUUGUCAUCCAGUUGGCGCAGCCGGCAAGACCUGCAACCAAACCACCGGCCAGUGUCCCUGCAAGGACGGCGUGACCGGCAUCACCUGCAACCGCUGUGCUAAGGGCUACCAGCAGAGCCGCUCUCCUAUCGCCCCCUGCAUAAAGAUUCCAGUUGCAUCGCCCACCUCCACCUAUACCAGCUCUGAAGAGCCCUUAGACUGUGAUUCUCACUGCAAGGCAACCAAGGGCAAGCUGAAGAUCAACAUGAAGAAGUACUGCAAGAAAGACUAUGCUGUCCAAGUGCACGUCCUCAAAGGAGACAAGGCAGGGGAGUGGUGGAAGUUUACCGUGAACAUCAUCUCUGUCUACAAGCAAGGUGAACAACGCAUCCGGCGCGGUGACCAGCUCCUGUGGGUGCGUGCCAAGGAUGUGGCCUGCAAGUGCCCCAAGAUCAAGCUUGGCAGGAAGUACCUGCUGCUGGGCACGGAUGACGACUCCCCCGGGCAGAGUGGCGUGGUGGCGGACAAGGGCAGCCUGCUCAUCCCCUGGAAGGACCUGUGGGGCCGGAGACUGAGGAAGUUCCAACAGCGCGACAAGAGGGGCAAGUGUUAAGAGGAGCCAGAGAGGAGAGAAAGAGAGGGGGCUCACCUCGAGUCUGAGGAACACAGGAGGAGGAGAAAGAAAGAGGAAACACCAGAGGGAGAGAGGAAAGAGGGAGAGGUGAAGUGAACAGAGAGAGAGAGAGAGAGAAAGUGACUGAGUGCUGCUGCUUUGAGUGGAAGCAAAAAGAGAAUAUUAGUUUUAGAAACAUAUGUGUGAAGGAGCUCUUUUUACAGUUGUUGUUCUGUUUGUCCUUCAAGGUUUGUUUCAUUGUGGAAUUGCAGAGUUUGCACCUAAUAUUUCAGAUAAGUUACUUAUUUUUUGUUUUAUUCAUGAUACCAUUAUUUUUAUAUUUCCAGUUCAUUUCUACAGAACAUCAGAAAAAAAUCUACUGUAUCACAUAUCUGUGUUUAAAGAGGCUCUUUAUAUAUAUAUAUAUAUAAAGAGCCUAUAAAGCCUAUAAAGAGCCCACAAUAUAUAUAUAUAAAGAGCCUAUAAAGCCUAUAAAGAGCCCACAAUAUAUAUAUAUAUAUAAAGAGCCUAUAAAGCCUAUAAAGAGCCCACAAUAUAUAUAUAUAAAGAGCCUAUAAAGCCUAUAAAGAGCCCACAAUAUAUAUAUAUAUAUAAAGAGCCUAUAAAGCCUAUAAAGAGCCCACAAUAUAUAUAUAUAUAUAUAUAUAAAGAGCCUAUAAAGCCUAUAAAGAGCCCACAAUAUAUAUAUAUUGUGUAAAGUUGUUUCUAGCAAGCUGAGGUGGCACGGCAUGGCUUAAGGGGAAUCUCUCUCAUGUUUAAUGAGAGGCUCCUGCUUGCCAGGCCUUGUCAAGAUAAACUGUGUAAACUGCAAAGAGUGUUAACACGUUAAAUUGAUCAUUUAAACUAGGUUUUACUGUGGUUACAGCGUAUACUUGUAAAAAUGGGAGAAAAAAACAAAAACAAGCCAGCUAUUGCCAGUUACCUUUCUUCUUUAAGAGCUCCUCAUGUGGUUGUUACCUCAUUAUUACUGCUAACUAUGUAAUCAAAAUGAAAGUGCCAUAAAGAAGUUGCUCCUCAGAUACUAGCAUUGGGAAAGAGUCUGUUAAAUGAUACAUUUCCUUGCCAUCCUGACAGUGUGGUUGUGACCUCAGCAAAAUAAAAGUACCAGUAGGCAUGAUAUAAUAUUACUGUAUUUAGACAGCACUCUGUUCUCAACUAGAGAGACUAAAAUAGAUGAGUUGACCGUGCACUUAAUGUUUAGUCCUUUAGUAUUCAACAGUAUUCACAACAUAUAAGAUAUGUUCAGUGUUUAAUUGCACCUUGCAGGAUACAAACUAACAUACUGUAUGGUUCCAGAAAAAUCAAAGAACUAAUGUAUGUCCAUUCAUGAUUGUUCAACCUGAGAUCACACAUUUCACUGAUUACGUGCUGCCUUUGGCCUUUGGUCCUGGAACCUAAUGUCCACUGACUCUGUGUCAUUGAUUGAUGCAUUUGGUUUGCUAUCCUGUUCACGUUUGUUAAAAUACAAAGUACUGCUUGAACAUCCCACUGAGCAUUGACCUGUUUCUGCUGGUAAAGGACUGAUCGUGGGGGGUGGGGGGGCAUUCUGAAUCACCUCACCUCAUGUGGUUUGAUAAGACCUAUCAAAAUGAACCUAUGUUUUGUUAAAAUAAUAGAUGCAUGCUGACUACUUAGCUGACUAAGCUAACCUAAUUGUGGAUGACAAUAUGUACAGUAUGUAUAUGCUGUACAAAGAUACAUGUAUUAUGUUGUAAAAUAAAACCUGUGGGGUGAUGAAACAUCACAGGAGUCAAGCUGUGUGAUCAACACACUGUGUCAGCAUCUGAUUCUCACUUCAAACCUUGCAGACAUUCAAUUUUCAAGACGUUACUUGGUACUCAGCAAAAGGGGUGACCGGCUGUUUAAAUGUUAUAUAGCUGUAUAGUUUGUUACUAUUUUUUGUUAAACAUUUACUAGAUGUAUGUCCAUGUGUUAUUAACCCGAGUUUUAAAUACCAUAGGCUUAAUAAAUGGGUAGACAAAUAAAUGAAAAAGAGGCAGAUUUCUCUUGUUUACAAGUUAUGCAUACCCAGGAGUGUAUUUCAGCAGAGAGAGGCUUAUCUACAACCUGUAAUAAACAAUCCCAAACAUAUUUGGGAAAUACAUAAACACACAAAAAUGCAAGCAAAUGCACACCUGCUCACACACAUACACACACACAUACACAAACACAUACACACACACACUUUUUUAAACAUAUUUGUAUGGACAUUUGUAUUGCAAUCCAUUUCAAAUGUUCUUGUGCCAGUGCAUCCAUCUCUGGAUCUACACAUAUCAAAGCUGUCAGUGGGUCCACUGUGUAAAGUUAGACCAGUUUUCCACACAUUUGGAGAAUGAUACUCAGUCAUGACCAGAUAUCUGCUACAAAAAAUGUAUCUGAAUGUUGCUUGUGUUCAAACUUGGGCUUGUAAAUGUUGUUUAGCUUUGUCCAUUGCAAAAGUCUGUGUAAUGUCCUGUAAUGCAUACUAAUAUAUUAUGUUUAUCACAAAUGAAUAUAUUUAAUGACACAUGAAACCAUGUGGCUUUUGUUUUUGCCUGUUUUUAUUUUUGGUCACUCUUUGCUUUGGAUAAUAGACGGCUGUAAUGAAAAAGUAAAAGUCUGUAGCUAUUGAACAGCCUAGUAAAUCUGAAAUAAAGCUCUGUAAAAGUA